GCGGGAAGCUUGCGUAGACCUCCGGCGGCCGGCUCCCUGCGCUUCUCCUCCUGGCCCGCAGGUGGCGGUGCGGAGUCGCUCACUGGGCUUCCUCGCCCAGGCCUGGUCCUCGCGAGCAUGCGCAGUUCCGGCCCCACGGACUCAAGGCAAGUGUGGGGCUCUACGCGGGUGACAAAAGCGGGAGAGAAGCGACUGGGGGCGGGCUGAGGGUAUUGCAAAGGGAUGCGGGGUGAGCGCAGAGAGGCCGGCCAGUUGCAUUUUAGGGUGCCUUGGGGUGCAGAAGGGCUGAUCAUUUGCUUUUUGGGGUGCAGAAGGGCUGUUCAUCUGCUUUUCAGGGUGCCUUGGGGUGCAGAAGGGCUGAUCAUCUGCUUUUCAGGGUGCCUUGGGGUGCAGAAGGGCUGAUCAUUUGCUUUUCAGGGUGCCUUGGGGUGCAGAAGGGCUGAUCAUCUGCUUUUCAGGGUGCCUUGGGGUGCAGAAGGGCUGAUCAUCUGCUUUUCAGGGUGCCUUGGGGUGCAGAAGGGCUGAUCAUCUGCUUUUCAGGGUGCCUUGGGGUGCAGAAGGGCUGAUCAUCUGCUUUUCAGGGUGCCUUGGGGUGCAGAAGGGCUGAUCAUCUGCUUUUCAGGGUGCCUUGGGGUGCAGAAGGGCUGAUCAUCUGCUUUUCAGGGUGCCUUGGGGUGCAGAAGGGCUGAUCAUCUGCUUUUCUGGGUGCCUUGGGGUGCAGAAGGGCUGAUCAUCUGCUUUUCAGGGUGCCUUGGGGUGCAGAAGGGCUAGGCAGUUGCAUUUCAGUGUGCCUUGGGGUGCAGCAAAGCACUUUGGGGGUCCCUUGCGGAUGCCUAGGACAUGGAUAGGCAACCUGAGACCUGGGGGGCCGGAUCCUGCCCAAUCGCCUUCUAAAUCCAGCCCGUGGACAGUCUGGGAAUCAGCGUGUUUUUACAUGCGUAGAAUGCGUGCUUUUAUUUAAAAUGCGUCUCUGGGUUAUUUGUGGGGCAUAGGAAUCCGUUCAUUCCCCCCCCCCCAAUAUAGUCCGGCCCCCCACAAGGUCUGAGGGACAGUGGACCGGCCCCCUGCUGGAAAAGUUUGCUGACCCCCUGCCUUAGGAUAAAGCAGAAGAGAGGCAGGGAAGAUUCCUGCUGUUUAUUUUGGGGGGUGCAGCGAAGGCGCUGAGGGCUCUGCUGCUUUCGAAAGAUGCUUCUGGGGGUGCAGCAAGAGCCUUGCCCUGCCCUGGCUUGAAAGGGGGAGGGAGAGACAAGACACCUUUGUUUGGGGUACACCUUUGUUAAGGGAGGGUGCCACCUAAGCUUUUGGCUUUCUUCCCUCUUGGCAGCUUGCAAGCUUUCCCCCAAAGCCCCCUUUCCUAGGGCGAAGGGCAUCUCCAACGCGGCACACGUCUCUCCAGCUUUGGCGUUUUGGUUCUGAUAAGGGGGAUCGAAACCUGGCAAGCGACUCUUACGCAGGACCCUGUCCCCAGCGGUGAAAUUUCACAGCUUCCGAGCAAGCCAUGGAGUUUGAGGUUUCAGAAUCCUGCCGCCGGCUGCCGUCGCGCCCUGCGGCGCCCUGUAAGGCCACGUUUAACGGGGAUAGGAAGGAGCUCGUCCCGGAGGCGUCUUCGUGGUCUGCCGUGGAGGACACGGCGCUUCCUUCUCAUGGCGCCCGACUUCAGGGCCUGGAGAGGAGGAUGGUGGCUGCGGAGCAGAAGUGGGUUGGCUGCGAGAGGGUGGUGGCGGAGAUGGGGCAGGAGCUGGAGAGCAAGCUGUCUGCGCUCGGGACCCUGAUCCAGGAGAACAGCCUACUCCAGAGGAGACUGGACAACUUGGAGAACCUGCUGAAGAACCGGAACUUCUGGAUCCUGAGGCUUCCUCCGGGCGCUAAAGGAGAAAUCCCUCAGGUGCCGGUGACCUUCGGCGACAUCUCUGUCCAUUUUGACGCUCAGGAGUGGGCCAACCUGGACGAGGGGCAGAAGGAGCUGUACAAAGGGGUCAUGCGGAGCAACUACGAGAUGCUGGUGUCGCUGGACUAUGCCAUUUCCAAGCCCAGGAUCCUGUCCCAGAUUGAGCGAGGGGAGGAGCCCCGUGUGGAGGACCUGGGAGACUCGGAGGCGGAGGAGCUGCCAGUGGAUCCAGGAUCCCCGAUCGCUGCAACAGAUGCUUCUUCCUGGGAUGGAGAAGAGGUCAAGGAAGAGGCGAGGCCCUUUGACGACCCAGAAGAGAGUCAAGAAAUGAACCUCGCCAUCGACCCCGACUUGGAACUCCAGAUUGUUCAAGACGAGACGGGGCCGCAGAUUAAGGAAGAGCAGGAGGAAAUCCACAUCAAGGAAGAGCCUCCGUCUCCCGCGAGCCCCGGCAACGGGCCACUUGUUCCUGCCUGGAUUAAACAGGAGGAGGAAGAAGAAGAAGAGGAAGAAGAAGAGGAGGAGGAGGAGGAACAGCCCAUCGAGGUUCAGCAGGUCUUGGUUCCGGCAGGUGAGGGCUGGCUUGGGAAGAAUCAUAGAAUCCGUAGAGUCAGGAGGGUUCUGAGGCUUCCUGUGAGCCUCAGGAGACACUUCCUUGCCCCUGCCCAGCCCCCUUUUCAUAAAGGUGGUUUGCUUUUCGCCCCAGCUGGACGCCGGACGCCGUGCAGGACCGCAGAGGAGGAGGAGGAAACCGACCAGAAGUCAGCCGCCCCACCCAACGCAACAGAGGACCCCAAGCGAAAAGCGGCAGAAGGCAACCUCUUCCAGUGCGACAUGUGUGCUGCGGACGGCUCGCCACGGACGGCCUCCGCCGACCACCCCUACAGCCGCAAGCGGAAGUUCCAGUGCACGGGAUGCAACCGGAGCUUUGCAUUCCAGGGCCAGCUCUCACAGCACCUUCUGACGCAUGCCCCCGGCGCCCAGUUCCCGUGCGCCCAGUGCAACCUGUGCUUCUCCAGCCAGAAGUCGCUGGCCGUCCACGAGCGCGUCCACUCGGCCGACUGGGCCCUGCCCUGCUCCGUCUGCAGCAAGUCCGGCCCGGCUGCCUUUGACCAGAACCAGCAGUCCCCCGCGCCCGGCCCGCCCGCCCCCUGCCUGGAGUGCAGCGUCUACUUCACUGACCCGGCCGCCCUGGCCGCCCACCGGCGCAUGCACUCGGACGACUGGCCUUUCCGCUGCCCGCAGUGCGACCGGACCUUCGUGCACCAGGGGCUGCUGCUGGAGCACCUGGAGAACCACAGCCGCAUGCAGAGCCGGCGCUGCCACACCUGCGGGUCGUGGCUGUCCUACAAAGGGACCUUGAUGCCCAGCGGGGCCCGCCUGUUCCACUGCAAGAGGUGCAACACCGCCGGGCGAGUCCCAGGGGACUUGAGGGCCUGAGGCGGGAGAAUUCGACCCGCCAUCAUUGAGGGGGCAGCCCUCAAACAGGCACAGAGAGCAUUCUCCUGGCAGGUCCUUUGAGCUCAGCAAGGCAGUCGGGGAUCCCUCUCUUGGGAGAAAACGGGGCAUUCUCCCCCGAGACCCGCGCAACUUUGCUUGCGGCUUUGUGCAGGUGGCAGGAAGACAGACCAUUAAACGGAGAGCCAAGCUUGGGGGGGGGAGAGAAGCAAGCAGAAAGGGACGCUCAAGAUUUGGCGUGGCUUUCCCCGAGCCUGGCAAGCAAGGUGGCAGCGGGCCGAAAAAGCUUUUCCCCUGCUGGGUUUCCUUGCCCCGCUUUCCUGUGCUGGGGUUUAAGUCUUCCGCCCCCCCUGGGAGCCUCCAACAGCCUUCGCGAGGCCUUGCGGAGCCCGGUAAGGUGGGGGUAGUCACUCGGGCUCCCGUCUGUGCGUUUUCCUGCCCUUGUGUGCAAACCUCCAGGACGUAUUCCCCAGGGCCUAAACUGCAGGUCUGCUGCACCGCUCAGUCCUUCUAGUGGCUCAGAAAGUGGAGCAGCAUUCCUGGGAUGGCCAAGCCUCUCGUUGUGAAGGAGGGGUGUCUCUCUCCCUGGCCAAGAUGGGCCCAGCUAGGAUUUUGCGGUGUGGCAAAGCUGUGGCCCUCGCCCGCCACACACCAUCAGUGGAAGCAGUUGGGCAGGGGGGGGUGGAGAGGGCCUUGUUAACUUUCCCCCUGCAGUCCUCCUCCAUUUCUGCGGCCUCAAUAAGCCCCGGUUCCUUUUCCUUUUUGCAAACUUUUCUCUUUUCUCUCGGGCUCUGCUCGCCUGAGGGACACUCCCCCGGCAGAGCGGUGCCUGCCUAGAUUUCUGCCCGUCUUGCAGGGGGGCGGCACGUGCUGAACGCCCAGGGAUGAGUAGGGAAGGCAACAGCGCUGAGACGUGAACCCCUGUUGAUAACAGCAGAUCCAGCUCUGUGGAAGGUUUGGCCCUUGGCGCAGCCUCCGCUCUCUUCCCCCCCAGGGCCGCAGGCACAAAUCCCCGCAAAAUACCCAAACGAGGGGAAGGCCUUUUCAGUGACUUUUGCAGCGGCCAGCUCUGGGGCCUCUCCUCGAAGACAGCUGCUGAAGCCCCCUAGAGUGGCACGUUGAAUGCCCAGUGGCCUAUGGGGUCCAGGCAUGAACCCAGUACACUUGGGGUGUGUGUAUGACCCCCUCAAAUCAUCCCCAAGGAAACCUCUUGGCAAUGCCACUUCCUUCCACAGCUGCCAAGAACGGAUGGCUCGCUUUGCCUCCUCUGUUCUCCCCCCCCCCCCCAGCAAGCCCGUUUCCUCCAUGCCUGCUGCUUCUGGGCUACUGGAGGCCCUAGAGCUCCUCACUAGGUGGUUGCCACUGCCCCCUGCCCCACAGAGGUGGAUCGGGGUCUUCUUAAAGGGGCAGCCACCCUGGCAAAGGUGAUCCCCUGUGGAUCUGUGAUGUGUGCCAGCUUUAACCUGCCCGCUUUCCAGUUUUCUGGGUCCCUCCUUAGGUCUUCAUCCCGCUCUCCAUCCCGGACUUCAGAGGUUCUGGUCCUGCCCUUGCCACAGUCGCUCUUGCCUUUCCAAAGCAGGGGUUCAAGGAGAUGUUUUGCCGCAGUUUGGGUGAAACAGGUUGGCUGCUGUGCUCUUUGUGUAGUCUUGUUGUCCUUGCGCCCCCCGGUCCGUGAUCAUAUUACGGGACGUUCAACCUCUGGAAGAUUUCCUUAUGCCUUUUAUAAAUAGGAACAUGGCUCGCUUCCUUAAGCUCCGUUUGUGGCUGUGGCGUCUUCCGCUGUCCCCUUGAAGUUGUGAAUCCUGCUCCUUACACCAUA